AUGACUUCCUCUGCAAGUGUGGACCUUGAGAUACAAGACGGUUCUUCAGCCAUUGACAUCUUCGUUCACAAGAAUCAAGGCCAAGGCUAUACGUAUGAUGAUCUUAUUCUCAUGCCAGGCCAUAUUAGCUUUGGUGUGGAUGCUGUACAUCUCGACACCAAAGUAUCACGAAAUAUUACUCUGCACCUACCGCUCGUUUCGUCGCCAAUGGAUACUGUGACGGAACAUGCAAUGGCUAUUGGUAUGGCCCUGCAUGGUGGUAUUGGUAUUAUUCACUACAACAUGACAGUCGAGGAACAGGUUAAGGAAGUCAACCUUGUCAAAUUGUUUAAAAAUGGCUUCAUCUCAGACCCAAAAUGUCUGUCACCCGAAGACACACUGGAGGAUGUUGACCGGAUCAAGGCCGAGUUUGGAUUUGCUGGUAUUCCUAUAACCGAAACGGGUAAGGUGGGCAGCGUGCUUGUGGGUAUUGUGAGCAACCGUGACAUUGACUUUAUCGAGGACCGUCAAACUAAGUUAAAAACAGUCAUGUCUACAAACCUUGUCACUGCUCCUGAAGGUGUGUCUCUCAAAGAGGCUAAUCGCAUUUUGCGUGAAAGCAAGAAGGGAAAGCUUCCUAUCGUGAACGCUAAAGGCGAGUUUGUAUCGCUUAUUUCACGUCGCGACCUGGUGAAAAACCGUGACUUUCCACAUGCAUCCAAAGAUGCAAAUAAGCAGUUGCUAGUCGGUGCUGCUAUUGGCACACGUCCGAAUGAUCGUGAGCGUUGCUCAGAGCUGGUUAAGGCUGGUGUGAAUUUAAUCGUCAUUGACUCAUCCCAGGGAGAUUCAACUUUUCAAGUUGAUUUAGUCAAAUGGAUUAAGGCUACGUACCCUCAGAUUGAUGUGAUCGGUGGUAAUGUGGUCACUCGCAUGCAAUGCAAGCGACUUAUUGACGCUGGAGUUGAUGGAUUGAAGGUUGGUAUGGGUGUGGGCUCUAUUUGUACCACACAGGAAGUAUGUGCCGUUGGCCGUGCACAGGCCAGCGCAGUAUUCAACACUGCUCGCUACGCACGGCAAUUUGGCAUACCUGUCAUUGCCGAUGGUGGCAUUGCUAGCUCGGGACAUAUUGUCAAAGCUUUAACGGUUGGUGCUUCGGCUGUUAUGUGCGGCUCACUUUUUGCUGGUACCGAAGAGUCUCCUGGUCAGUACUUUUUCCAAGACGGUGUUCGUCUUAAGAAGUAUCGUGGCAUGGGUUCCAUUGAAGCCAUGACCGCUGGUUCAUCCAAGCGUUACUUUGCUACUCAUGCCGCUGUCAAAGUCGCUCAAGGAGUUAGCGGUGCUGUUGUUGACAAAGGCUCUUUGAUGAAAUACAUACCGUAUUUGCAGCAGGGGAUUAAGCAUGGUUUGCAAGAUUUGGGUCAAAUGAGUCUGGAUUCUGUGCAUAAGGCUCUUCACAAUGGCGAACUGCGCUUUGAGCUGCGAACGCCCGCUGCACAGCGUGAGGGAAAUGUUCAUUCAUUGUACACGUACGAAAAGCGUCUGUACUGA